AUGACAGAAGAAGUAGACAGAAGACAUGGUGUGAAUGGUAAUAGCAGUAGUAAAGUUCUCAAUGACGAUCCUCCUGUGCAAAACGCAACGCCCGCUAGUUCAGGGGGCAGGCUCAAGUUCUUUAAAGAUGGAAAGUUCAUAUUGGAGCUCGUACGAGGAAGUGCCAGAGAGGGUGAGCGCGCGGGUUGGGUGUCGGUGCCCCGGAAGACAUUUUGGCCUCCCGCGGCACCUACGCCGCCUACACCCCCCACGCCGCCUCACCCUGCACCACCGUGCGCCUCGCUCUCGCUCUCUGAUGACAAUUCCUCGCUGCAUUCCUCGCCAUGCACCUCGCACCGCGACCACUGCUUUAAGCAGCCCAGUCCCCGUCGCAACCUGUCCAAAGAGCUAGCCAUGUAUUAUUGCAGGCCGUCUACACUACAUUCUGUGCAGAUACGAGCCGCAUCGAGGCUCAAACGCCGAAGGCCGCACGAUCCCACUCAGCAUGAAGCUUUGCCAGAUGGAACUCUUAGGAAACCCAAUGGCCUAUGUGAUCCUAAGAGAAAUGGAGAUAUUGCCCCCUCAGAAGAUAAAUCCGGCAAAGGUGAAGAUGUUGUCGAUGGACCGAUAGAAACGAAAACGAAAUCUGACAGCGAUCGACGUACAGACUUAGAUCGGGAAAAAUACUAUCAUAUGAAACUUAAGAAACCAUAUCAGUAUCAUAAGUUAAGAGUUUACAAAAAAACAAAACCUUGCACAAAAAGAAAGGAACUGGGGCGGAUAAUUGAGAAGCUACGAGAGAAAAUCUCGACUUAUCCUGUCCUGGUCAAUGCAAAAUUGGCCAAUUGUCGCCAGGAACAUAUGAUUGUAUCUCCCCGGAAACGUAUCUUAAGAGAAAUGGAACGUGUCAGCCUCGAAGAUCAGGGGAUGAAGCGACGGGCCAAGACAGUGCCGACAUUGAGUACCGCUUCGUAUCCACCAUCACCUGGGCCAAGUCACACGCCACAUCGCGCGCCACCGGAGACAAGUCGCGCGCAUAAUGGCGCAUUGUCCAAAAAAGAGAACACCGUGUCUAAGAACGUGAGCAGCUAUAGUAUACAUUCUCUACUCAGCAUGCCAGAUGAUAACACGAGAAGGUCCCCUGAGGCGAAAAGGUCUCCACAUUCGUAUCCGCCGUCUCUCAAGACGGAGUCUCCAUCUAGCGUACAUUCCCCUGAUCCUAGUCCUAGUCCAGAUGGAUACCGAUAUCGCUACGGGCUGACGGUGGGCUCGCCGGGACGUGGAGCGGCGCGGGACUCGCCGACCCCGCCGGCUGGGGCCAAUGCAGCAUAUCGCGGCUAUGCGCCUCCUUCUCCUUACGGCCGUGCCAUGGCUCAGUAUCGAGGAUCACCAGCUCCACGAGAUGAAUGGCCACCGCAUUACGUGUACGGCUACGCUUACCCCGCGCAUGUGUAUCGUGCGCCUGCGGUGCCCGCCGCGCCCGCUCCCCUUUGGAUGCACUACGCUAUGUCCCCCGGCGUGCCACCAGGCGCCUGGCCUCCGCUCGCUCACCCGAUGCUCACUGACCAUCUUCCCAAAGAUGAACCCACUUCAGAUUUGCCAUUGAACCUGUCGAAGCACUGA